GUCCUUCCCCCACAUCUGAAGAACGCGAAAAUUACGAAAUAGAACCCCACCCGAUAAUAUAAGUGAGAGAGACUGAGAGGGAGAAAGAGAGACCGAGAGGUGUUUCUCGGCGGCUCCGGCCAAUACUCGGCAGCUCCAGUUCAAAGAAAGAGAAGACUUUUAAGUUUCACGGUAGCGCCGCCGAAAUUGUUUGGGUAAGUUUGAGUAGAUUUUGGGUGAUAGAAAGAAAGAACAACCCGAGCUCUUACACUAAUUCUGGUUUCGCAUUUUAACUAUAUAGGUUGUCCUUCGUUUGUUUUGUAUGCAUGGCAACGACAACAACGUUUAAGCUUUCAGAAUUUUAAGGCCACUCAGUCACUACUCACUAGCACCAGGAAUCUUAAAUUUUUUUAUUUUUUUAUUUUCUUUGUAUAACGGUUAAUGCCCGCCUUUUCAUUCAGAGUCGUUCAUCUUUCUUCUCUCUCAAAAAUCUCAGCCAAGCUUCAGUGCCGUUUCAUCUAUGCACGCCACUUCGAAACCCAGGUGGCAUUUUCCAAAACCCAUUACCGGAAACUCACGAACCAUGACUCACAACUUCUCCAUUACCUCUCCAAAUACAGGCUUCAAGAUGCACGUAACAUGCUUGAUGAAUUGCCUCACAGAGACCAACAUGACCGACUUGUUCACUGGACUUCGCUGCUGUCCAAGUACUCGAAGAAUGGCUUUGUUGACGAAGCCCGGGCGCUGUUUGACAUGAUGCCUGAGAGGAAUGUUGUUACUUAUAAUGCGAUGUUGUCAGGUUAUGUACAGAAUGGGAGGUUGAGUGAGGCUUGGCGGUUCUUCGAGGUGAUGCCAGAAAGGAAUGUUGUGUCGUGGACUUCGAUGCUUUGUGGGUUGGCAGAUGCAGGGAGGAUUGAUGGGGCGAGGAGGUUGUUUGAAGAGAUGCCUGAAAGGAAUGUUGUGUCUUGGAACUCGAUGGUGGUGGGGUUGAUUAGGAAUGGGAACUUGGAGGAAGCAAGGAUGAUUUUUCAGCAAAUGCCCGAUAAGAAUGUAGUUUCUUGGAAUGCUAUGAUUGCAGGGUAUGCUGAGUGUUGUAGAAUGGAAGAAGCAAAAGUUUUGUUUGAUGAGAUGCAAGAAAGGAAUGUGGUCACUUGGACUACCAUGAUUGCUGGUUAUUGUAGGGUGGGCAGUGUGGAAGAGGGGUAUUGUCUGUUUAGGAUAAUGCCUGAGAGGAAUGUCGUUUCUUGGACAGCCAUGAUUGGUGGGUUCACCUGGAAUGGCUUCUAUAAAGAAGCUUUGUUGCUUUUUCGUGAAAUGAGAGGGUGUUUUGACUUAAAACCAAAUGAGGAGACUUUCGUUUCACUUGCCUAUGCUUGUACUGGAAUGCGUUUUCCUCGUCUAGGCAUGCAAUUACAUGCUCAGCUGAUUAUUAACAGUUGGGACUGCAAUGAUUAUGAUGGCAGGUUAUCUAGAAGCCUCCUUCACAUGUACUCUAUGUUUGGUAUGAUGGACUUUGCACACUAUAUUUGUUCGAAGAACCCUAAUAAAUGUAUUGUUCAAUCUUAUAAUUCUUUGAUAAAUGGCUAUAUUCGCAUUGGACAGCUGGAAAAGGCUCAAAAUUUGUUUGAUGUGGUACCUGUUCGAGAUAAGAUCUCAUGGACUUCUAUGAUAAAUGGCUAUCUCAGUUUUGGGCAAGUAUCAAAGGCAUGCCAUCUUUUUUACAAUAUGCCUGAGAGAGAUGCAGUUGCAUGGACUGCAAUGAUUUCAGGGCAUGUCCAAAAUGAGCUUUUUGCAGAAGCUACACACUUAUUUUCGGAAAUGAGAGCUCAGGGUAUUUCACCUCUAAAUUCUACUUAUUCUACUCUUCUUGGAGCCACAGGUGCAUUGUCACAACUUGAUCAGGGGAGGCAAUUCCAUUGCAUGCUGAUGAAAACAUUAUAUGAAUUUGACUUGAUUCUUGAAAAUUCUCUGAUCUCAAUGUAUGCAAAAUGUGGGGAGAUAGAGGAUGCAUAUUGCAUAUUCUCAAACAUGAUUUACCGGGAUUCGAUUUCUUGGAAUUCCAUGAUCAUGGGGUUUUCACAUCAUGGGCUGGCAAAUGAAACUCUGACAAUAUUUGAAGACAUGCUUAGAUCUGGGAACCACCCAAAUUCUGUUACUUUUUUGGGUGUCCUAUCAGCAUGUAGCCAUGCAGGGUUGGUGAAUCGAGGGUGGGAGUUAUUUAGUGCCAUGAGUGAUGCUUAUGCAAUUCAACCAGGUUUGGAGCAUUAUAUUUGUAUGAUUAAUCUUUUAGGCCGAGCUGGGAAAGUAAAAGAAGCAGAGGAGUUAGUCUUGAGGCUCCCUCUUGAACCUGAUUAUGCUAUUUGGGGGUCACUGCUUGGUGUCUGUGGGUUCCAUGAGACAAAUGCUGAGACUGCUAGGCGUGCAGCCAAAUGCAUCCUUGAGCUGGAUCCUUUAAAUGCACCUGCCCAUGUGGUGCUUUGUAACAUAUAUGCAGCAAAUGGACGGCAUGUGGAGGAGACAAUGUUGAGGAAGGAGAUGAAACUGAAGGGUGUUAGAAAGGCUCCUGGCUGUAGUUGGAUAAUGCUGAAAGGGAAAGCUCACGUGUUCCUGUCAGGAAAUAAAUUACACUCACAAGUGGAUGAUAUGUUAUCUCUCCUAUAUGUGACAGUAGGUGAAUCGUAAGAAAGUGGGUGAAAUAUUGAAGUUUGGGGAAGUUCUGUUUAUUGUAUAGAAGCAUAUAUUGGUGAGGCUCAUCCUACACAUUUUCACCUUCCAGAGACAUUUUUUUAUUUGAGUUAAGACAAAUCUCUUAAAGAUUUUACCUUUUGAACUGGUCAGUCAUCAGUGGAUAUGCUACCACAAGCAUGGUAUUGUCAUCUCCUAUGGUUAUGAAGUGGGCCUGUAUAUUCCAAUUGAGUCUAUUAAUCAGCUGAGAAUGGUUAGCAAUGGUUGUCAUUGAGAAAGAGCAAUGCAGUUCUAGUCGUGAAAGGAACCUAUAAAACUAAUAGAAGUUAAAGUUGGUUUGAUUCAAUGCUACACCUUAACACCAAGCUUCCUUCUUGUAGUAUAGUAAAAUGACAUCCUGUUCCAGCAUAGCAGGCUUUUUAAUGGAGGCAUUGAUAUUGAAUAAUGGCGGCAGCUGCAUAUUCAGGAUCCAACUCUCUUAAAGAAUAUCUGAAAAGAUAUGGAAUAAAUGAUGAAGAAGAUAAAAAGAAAAAGAAGAAGAAGGUCCACAGUAAACCAGAUGCAACGGGUCUUUUAGUUGUGGACGAAGAUCCAGUUUGGCAGAAAACAGUCAAUCUCGAAGAGGAAAACAGCAGCGAUUCAGCUGAUGAAGAGAAGCCACAAGUUGAUGAAGACAUUGAGGUUAAGCGGAUGAGGUGGCUUGAACAAUUGAGGGCCAGACGUGCAUAUAAUGCCAUAUCAGAGGAUGGAAGUGGAUGGCUUUCACUCUCUCCUAAAUGCUUGAAUUCUAAUGACCCAAAUUUUGAUAUGUCUCCACCUCGUAAACAGAGGAUUCGAAAUGACACACCUUCACCAGAACCUGAACAGAAGCCUUCAUAUUCUGCCAGAGAUAACAUCGAUUUGUCACCUUCACAACCGAACCUGAACGAUGAUAUGUCUCCACCUCGUCAAUGGAGGGUUUGAAAUGAUAGCCCUUCACCAGAACCUGGAGUGAAGCUUUCAUCUGAUUUGUCAUCUCCAAGGCAGAGGGUGCCACGUUCCACCAGCCUGAAUUCUGAUAUGUCUCCACCUCGUCGACGUCAUGUAUUGGCAGACAAUGAUAGGAGGAACCCUGACAUUUCUCCUCCUCGACGGGGUCGUCAUGGUUUUCCAUAUCAAGAUGACUUCCAUGCUCCCUUGGGAUCAGACCUUUCACCCCCAAGGAAAAGCAGGAAGGGUCUUGGAAGACCUGGGUCACCUGACCUUUCCCCUCCACGUAGACACUCAACUGAAACCAAUGCUUUACAUGCAUCUUUGCUUCCUGACCUUUCUCCACCAAGGAAAAGUCGAAAGGAAGCUGCUGUGGAAGAACAAUGAAAAACAGGUCUGAUUUCUGGCAAAGAUAUGAGGGAAGAGAUUGCUAGAACUAAGAAGAAUGAUUUGUUGAGGAGAUUAAGUUGGAAUGGGGCAAAGGCUUGGCUCAAAAGCGGGAAGCUGAAGCUAGGCUGCAGGAAUUGGAAUCUGAGAAGGACAAACCAUUUGCGCGGACCAGGAAUGUCACUAGAUGGUAGCUGCAGAUGCAAGAAUGUUAGUGCUGGUUUAACCGCAUCCUAAUCUGCCCUUGCAUCGUUUCAAUCAGUUAAAGAGAGAUGAUCCUGAACUUGACAAAAUGCUGAGGGAGAGAAUAAGAGAUGGUGAUCCGAUGGCACAUUUGGUGAAG